UCGGUCGCGCGCUAACGUGUGCCGCCAUCACUUUCACGUUCGUAAACAAAACGCGAGAAACCUGCACGAGAAAUCUCGCAUUUUUAUCAUCCACUAACUUAACCACCUUCGGCAACCACUGCCGUAUCAGUUGUUUACAAAUAAACUUAAUAAUGUUGAAACAAAACACAAUGAUCGAUUGAAUAUUCGAAGAGAAAAAGUUUGAACAAACGAACAGUCAGUCCGCGUGACAAUUUUUCCGUCCUUCUUAUUUUCAUUUACUCUUCUUAUCUUCGAUCCUUUCUGGUGACUUUAGGGCUUACUUUUUGAAUAUAUCUUGUGUGUGAAUAGAUUUGAUUUGUGGGAUUUUUGAACAGUGUUUGUGUCUUGUGUGUACUUUCUGUGGACGUGUUAAGGGAGCGUAUCUGAGUUCGCGUGAAUAUUUCUGGAGUACUAUGGGUAUUAUAUGGAGAGUCGCAAUGCCGUUAUUGAGCACGCUGGCUGCGCUGGUGAUCCUCGUGUCAUCCGCCGAGGAUAACCUCGAGAGAGACUACCAAUACGAACUGAGACCGAGAGCGUUGGCCAAUUCCCCGGAUUAUGAUCAGGCUUGGAGAGCGAUAGAAGCGGAGCCAAUGAUGCAGCCUUCAACGCAAACUGAGCCAUGGCACGAAUCGAUGGAGGAGCCGCUCAAGCGGCGCAGGCCGUUUCGCAAACGAAAACGUCGCCCCAUAGGCGACGAAGAACCAGCAUCAGAGGAAAAGCAAGUGUACCCUGAACAGCCGCAACACUAUCAGGAACAACAAUACGGAGAAACUACAGAAAUGCCUCGAAGGCGGCGCAAGAAAUUAGAUAACAGGCGAAAUCAAUGGACACAAGAUUACGUGGAGGCAGAGAGACCGUUUAGGAAACGAAGUCAUAGAACGAAGCGACCUUCACUCAACGGAUGGCGAAUAAGUGAAUUUGAGGAUACACCACGUGAAUCACUUGAUAGACCGCUAGAAGAUGAUUUAAACGCACACUCCCCUAAUAGGGACGGCCCUAAAAUAAAAGAACUAAUUCAAGAAGAAUUCCAUGACGGUAAUAUAGAAACCAGGACAGAAGAUCGCGACAAGCCAUACGAGACAUUUCACAAUUACGAUGUACAUCUAAAAGAAGAUAAGUCGCUGUCAGAAUUCUCGCUGGAAGUACCGAAUAACAAAAAAUAUUCUGAUGAAGAGAAAACCUCAUACCUACAACUGUCACUGGCAAAUAAAUUACACGAAAAAGCGCAGCAAGUACAGCUGCCAGAGAGACCGAUAUUGAUUUCAUCAGAGACAACAAAUUUACCAACGCAGUUAGAUGAAAAAAUGAUAGAGUUGAGUGUCCCCACAGAUGUAUUGGGAACAAAGUCAGAAUUUAAGAAUCAAAUAACAGCAGCUAAAUCUCGAGCACAGAACCUUAUAUAUCCUGCGAAGCUAAAGGAACUACUUAAGCGGUCUAACGCUACAAGUUUGAGCGAAACUCUUCAACAACACAAUUUGUCAUUGAUCGAUUUACUUAGUGGUCGAACAAACGCUGUAUCCGUACUUAAAUCCGAAAGCUCUUCAGACGCUCAUAAAUCAAAGAGUAAGGACAGUGAGAAUACCUCUGAAAGUUCGAGAAAAAACGAAUCUACGCAGGAACAAAAGGAAAGUAAUGAAAAUAAACCGGAAUAUAAGUCAGAUUCAGAAAAGACGACUGAAGAUAUAGAAAAUUCUCAACAAUCGCAAAAGCGAAGGCAGAGAGAAGAAGAUUUAGAACCCCAAAAUACAGGCAAAUCUCAUGACACUAGAAUAAUCUUAAACGAAAACGGUCUUAAGAUUGUGCCUAAGCGCAGAUUCCCUGGUGGUAUUAGAAGAAAAUUGCGCCUAAGACCGACAAUCAAAACAAAUAGUAUAAAAGCGGAGCUAAGCAGAGAUUUAAUAACGCAAACUGUAAGAAAAUAUCAUGAUAAUAGAAAUAUCACAAAGUCCAAAGAGUGGAAGGAAAUUUUACCAUCAAUGAAUUCCAGUAUUACACAAGACAGUGCGAGUAAAAAUGAAAAUGUGGAAGUUUCGACAACUACUACUGCAGGUCCUGAAGAAACAACCAACACCGAUAUUGAAAUUUACCCAUCUACACUUUAUGAUGAAACUGAAACCAUAAACGAACGUUUUAAAGAAGACGAACAAGUGGAUAUUGAUACAAGUCAAGUGUCUACAGUGCCUACACAAGAAACCACGACUGCUGAAGUUAUCACUACUACGGAAAAGAUAAAAGUUAUACGUUUGGAAAGACCUGGUGGAUACCGUAUGGUAACACGGCGGCAGCCAAAUCACAGGACAAAGAGGAAACGUUUGAAGCAGAAAAACUCACCGACAGAGCCAUCUAUGGAAAACGAUGAGCAUUUGACAGACUUGUUUAGUAAGCCUAACUCGAUAUCGUCAUCGGAGUUCGUUGCUAGAACCGAAACAUCAAUGUCAACUAGAGAAGAUAUGCAGGGCUUAGAAGAAUAUCUUACAACUGUGACUGGUGACUUAUCAAAUGUUAAUGAAAUGAAAAAUAUGCAAAAAUUCUCACGUAAUUCAACUACUUUUACUACUCCUAAGUACUCAUCGGACCGGACUUCAGUCCGUAGCACAACUGAGGAAACAGCAAAAGUUGAGAUAGAAGAAAUUCUUAACGAUACGAGGACUAGCGCAAGGUUAUCGAAAAUAUUGAUGGAGAGAAAUAUGACAUUGAAUGAGUUGGUAGAGCACAGAGAACGUGGGUCCAGCCACGUUCACUUAGCUGACAUUUUCCAUAAUACUUCAAAAGAGCCAAAUCCUCCCGAGCCAUUCCUUUCUAAAUCCUCAAUUGAACCUAUAUCUAAAGAAACUUAUCCAUUAAGAGCUUUAUUGGACGCCAAUCACCACGACCCACUGACGAGAGUAACAACAUUAGAUCCGAAUCCGCCACAAACACAAUAUAUUCCUGUGGUUAUGAAUUUUGGAAACAAUGUUAAUGAAAAUGGAGAAAACAUGGGCAUAAUAUCCCUAUUUACAAAAUUAGCGGGCGAUAUGGAAAAUGAGAAUAGUACAUUAAAUAAAGAUUCUGAGGGGACACUGUAUAUGUCGACUGUCACUAGUGUUGAUACCACUGUUAAGGAUGAAACCACUCGAGAAAGUAGAGUUUUAAUAAGUGAUAACGACAAUUUGAGACAAGACGUCAUUGCAUGGAAAAAGUUGUAUGAAUUAAUGAGGAAUAACAAUAACAUGUCUAAAUCAAAUUCUGAAUUACCACAAGCUGCAGAAGAGCUAUUACCAACAUUACCAACAGAAACAAACCAAAGCCUUAUUGUAGAAGAGGAAUUAGAUGGUGACAGUAUAAUUGUACUAGAGGACUUGAAACACAUCAAUAAUGACAUUACGCCAGGAAUAGGCGAAAAUUUGAAUGUUAAUUACGAUAGAACAGAUUCAACAGAGAAGUCUGGCAUAUUAGAUAGGAUGUCUGUUAACACAAAAUCAGUCACUGUGGCUACUGCAAGCAUCGUAGGUUUAUCUUUGAUACUGUUCUUACUUACCUAUGCUGCAUUGAAAUGGAAGCAGCAAAGGUCAAUGUUGUCGCACAAACAAAGUUUCAACGAAGAACGCAUCCAAACGCCAGUGUUUGAAAACAGGAAGGGUCAUAAGAACAACUGUAGCACGCGUAGUUUAAGUCCAAUGCUCACUACACCGAACAUUUAUUCAAUGAAUACAUUAGAUUCUCAACGUAGCAGUGAAUCGCCAGAUUACAUGUGGGACACACUGAGGAAACCAUUUCAGUAGUAAGAACGUUAGCACAAGACGAUUAGACUGAAAUUGUAAGUAUAAAAUAAGAUGUAUAAGAUAAUUUUAAUGAAUGUUUGAAAGGUUUAUUUUUACAUUGUUUAACUAGUGACCUGAUUUUGAUUUAAGGGAUUUGAUCCAUAUUUAUUUACUCUUAAGUAGACUUAUUUAAUACUCUUACC